AUGGCUUCGCUGUCGCUCGAGCUGGGCACGCCGCAGGCCACGCGCGUGCAGGACGCGAUCCAGCGCGUACUUGUCGAGCAUGACAUGGUCACUGCGGACGACUCUGUCAUGGCCGAAUACGUCACGGUCAUGAUCGCCAACCGCAAGGGGCCCGAGAUGAUCGCCGAGGAGCUGCGCGAGCUCAUGGGCUCGGGGCUCGAUGCGCGCGUCGUGGAGCAGCUGUGGAGCGAGGCGCGCGUGGCGAUCGAGGGCGAGGCUGCGCGGCCGGCGCCCGCCGCCGAGCGGGAGCGCUCCGCGUCGCCCCCGCCGCGCGACACGGCGACGCGUGCACACGACAGGUGGGAAGAGCGCAGCACACGCGCGCCGGCGCGCGGCGAGCGCGAUCAGGCCCGCGAGAAAAAGCGGCGGGCCGGCCGCACGCCCAAGGAGCCGACCAAGCCGGCGUCUAUCAGCCUGCUCGGCCGCGCAGGGAUACCCGACCCCCGGGCGCCGCCGUUUGUGCCGUCCGAGCCGAUGCCGCUGCCGUUCAUGGCGAUGGCCGCGAUGGCCGGCGCCGCUGCGCCGUCGCUCUUCUCGCGCCUAGACCCGAUGAUGCCUGACAAUGGGCCGCCUGUGACUACGACGGCCCCGGCGCCGCCGCGCGAUCCCGCGGCGUUCCCGACGCGGCCGACGGACGAGGCGCUGUGCCGCUGGUCGCUGGCAUGCACGAAUCCGCUGUGCCCAUACAGCCACCCCUCGCCGGCGAAUGCGGGCAAGGAUGGGGAUGCACAGGCGCUCGUACUGCGUGCGGAUGCGUGCGAGAAGGGCGGUGCGUGCGACGACAAGGAGUGUGUGCUCAGCCACGUCAGCCCGGCGGUGGCGUUUAUUACGGCGCGCGGCUCAGCGCCGCCGCCGGGCCCGGCGCCCUGCCGUUUCCAGCAACAGUGCCUGAACCCGGCCUGCACGUAUGCGCACUACAGCGCGAGUGGCGAGCCUGUGCCGCCACCCGGCAAGACGUCGUCUACGCCGUGCCGCUUUGGGCUGGGGUGCACGCGCGCGGACUGUGUGUACAUGCAUCCCACGCAGCGGAGCGCGACACCUUGUCGCUACGGCGACGAAUGCACGCGGCCCAACUGCUAUUUUCGGCAUCCACGGGAUGGGCCGGCGCGUCCCACGGCAGAGCGCCUGCAGGGCUUUGCGCACGAGGACCCUGCGCGUGAGCGCAUCCUCCCUGGCGGAGCGGCAUGA